AUGACUUCCGAGGCUCCUGAGUCCACCUCACCAAUCACUAUCACCGAGACCGAACACGCGGUCAGAAUCUCGGCCAGCGUUCCAAUAACGACGGAUCGUGUGGCCGAGUCCAUGCAAGAGCAAGCAGUAGUUGAGGGUCUGAUGGCUAAGCAGGCCUACAUGAUAGAGACAUCCUUUAUGGUCGCAAUGGACAGAUUCUCCUCAGAGCUAUGGACGCUCUUUCAGGAGAGAAUGCUGGUAACGGCGUCCGCGACGCCUCCCAGAGCCGGACAGAGAAGCCAAGAGCGCGAGAGGUUUAAGCCUUAUAGCGAAAGCAGCAGCCUCGGCGCCUCUGGCCGCACCCAAGCGUCAGGCUAUGGCCAGCAUUCUCAGCCACCGACAAAUAACUGGGGGCAAUCCCAGCCAACAUGGUUAAAUCUCGGACCGACCUGCCCAGCAGAAACAGCGUAA